AUCAAGAGUUCGAGAGUUCAGAAUCCAAUCGUUCAAGAUGUGGCGCCUUCAGCUAUUCCUUUUGUUGUCCACCUGCUUCCUCAUACCCCACGAGGCGAAGCCAACUAAGCGGUCGCCCAUCGCUUCCUCUACCCCAUCCUUCAUCAGCUCAAUCGCGUCAACCUCCACAUCCACAUCCACCUCCACCUCCACUUCCAUCUCAACGUCAACUUCCACACCUGACAUGGUAGACAGCACAGCAGCCGUAACAGCCACAACAGGCACAGUGGCCCAAGUGGUACGACGCGUGACGAACAUCGGACGCCUGGCCGCCAAGGACCUGGCCGAUCUUCUGCUGGCCAGCAUGCAGGCACGUGGCAUUAAGCUCACACCCUUCCAGGAGACCACGAUGAAGUCCUUGCGCAGCGUCGUGACCAAGGAGACCCAGAGCGAAGCGGCACUGCUGCAUGUGGGAAUGGAUGUGAUCAUCGACAUUCUGAUUGGUGCACAAUCGGAGGCCAGCUGUGGCCACAUCAUCCGGGACAUUGAGAAGUCGCAGGACAAGAAUAGUCUGACCCUGACACUCAACUCCUUCCUGGCCCUCUGCUCCUUUAAUGGCAUCGAGUGCAAUGAAAACGAGGUGCUGCAGAUAAUCAAAAGCAGCACAGCCCAACAGAAGCGGCAGGAGAAAGCCCUGGAGCAGGAUGAUUUUGAGAUGGCAGAAGGCACAGGUGCUCGACUCACUCGCCGCGCCGGCCAUCCCCUGGCCGCAAUUAAGGGGGAACGCGAAACGGUUCUGAGCUUCCUGCAGGCGAGGAAUGUUACCCAGCUGACGACGAUCCUCAACACCUUGCUGCAGGUGUGCGGUGCCUCGGGCAGCGAGGCCCACAACAUCAUCCAAAAUCUCCGAGAAAUGGGUUCCGAUGGCAUUAGCCUGCUUCAGGUGAACGCCUUCAGCAUGCUGAUCGUCUCCCUGCUGGACAGCCUCACCACAAUUGCGCAAGGCCACAGGAGCGGCUUCUGUGCCGCCACUCCCGAUAGCUGGGCGGUGCGCCUCCUCGAGAUGGGUGUGGCCAAGGUGGUGCUGCUCGGCCUAAUGACGGCCCUCGAUCGUUCCAUUGUGAGUCCCCCCAACAACAGCAAUGUGGAGGCUCUCAACAGCCUCAAUGGCGGUGGUCCCCUCCUGGAUGCCAAGAAUUUGAUGAGCACGAAGUCGGUGGCUACCGCAAAGCGCGCUGCUGCACCUACCGUUGGAAGCAUUAAUCAGCAGGCGGGCUCUGUCAUUAACGGUACUGGGAACUUCCAGGGAAGUCUGGUUAAGGCCAACGCUCCCGUUGGUGCAGCACUUCCGAUUCUUAGCGAAGUAUCUGGUGGUAGCUUGGGCAACGUAAAUCAGCAGGGUCCAACUGCAUCCAUUACAGGCUCAGACAAUACAGUGGCCAACGCUGUAGAGGUCAAUGCUGUUGUCCAGGCGGCCCUUGCAGUUCUGAGCUCCCUCACCGGACAGAGUACAGGUACUGCAUCCGACAGUAGUUCUUCGACUGGUUCAUCUGCCACCACAGGCUCUGAAUCGAGUGGUUCCACUGGGUCAACGUCAACAGGCUCCAGUUCUUCUAGUAGCUCCUCUACACAAAUUGUUGGAAAUACCAAUCAACAGGCAGCGGACACUGUCAUCGAGGGUGAUGGAAACACGAAGACUAGCCUUGUUAGUGCUAACGCUGUCGUUGGGGCAGUAGCUCCCGUUCUUACCAAAGUGUCGGGUGGCGCCAUCACCAACACAAACCAGCAGGGCCCACGUACAGUUAUUAAAGGCGAAAACAAUACAGUGACCACUCUUGUAGAUGCCGAUGUUGUUCUGGGCUUGGCCGUUUCUCUUUUGAACUCUAUUACCGGAAAGAAUUCAAGUAAUUCAGCCGGAAGUAGUUCUUCGACUGACUCAUCUGGUUCCUCCGGCACUGUUUCCAGUGGUUCUACUGGCUCUACAGGCUCUACAGGCUCAACAGGCUCCACUAGUUCAACAGGCUCCACUGGCUCCACUGGCUCAUCAGGCUCCACCUCUUCUGGAAGCUCUACAAGGGGUUCUUCUCAAAACAUUGGCAACAGUAUUAGUGCGAAGGGAGAUUCGGUGACAGGGAACAAUAAUGUCCUCAGUGGUCUGGUGAAUCUGGUAGCUCCGAUCGGAGCCAAUGUUCUCGCCCUUAAUAAGAUCACGGGCGCCAGUGGCUCUUCUACCGGAUCGGGCCUCAUUGGCAACCAAAUCGAUUCUAGUGGCAACCAGGUCACUGGGAACGAUAAUGUGGUAUCGAAAUUGGUCAAUGUCGCUCUACCAAUUGGCGUCAAUGCCUUGGCAUUGAACAGCAUCACGGGCGGAGGUUCCUCUUCUUCCGGCUCCUCCUCUGGUGGUCUUCUUUCAGGAAACUUUCUGACUCAAAACGGCGACAGUGUCACCGGCGAUAACAACCAGCUCAUACAUGUGGUGGAUGUUAGUGGCAAUGUACUUGCCAGCCUUUUGGCCCUGAACAGCAUUGAUGGCUCUGGUUCCGGUUCCGGUUCCGGGUCGGGCGUUGGUGUUGGCAAUAAAGUCAAGAGUGGACCCGGACAGAUCAUUGUAGGCAACAACAAUGAUAUCAUAAAGCUCAUCGACGUGGAGCCCAAUAUCCUGGCCAAUGUGGCAGCAUUGAAUAUCAUCAAGGGCAGCGGCGCCGCCUGCGUGGGGAACAGUGUCAACCGUGGCCCCAAUACGGAGAUAGUGGGCGACAAUAAUAGGAUUUUCAAGCUGGUAAAUGUGAACGCUAAUGUGCUGGCAGAUGUGGGUGUGCUGAACCAACUCAUUGGGGAUGUGGCCAACGACUGCAGCACCGAUACACCCGUAACGGACACACCCACGGAGCCGCCAACGCAGCCACCGACUGACCCGCCUACUGGUCCGCCAACGAAUCCACCAACUCAGCCCCCAACAGACCCACCCACAUAUGGACCACCUACCAAUGAACCACCCACGAAUGAACCACCCACGAAUGAACCACCGACGAAUGAACCACCCACGAAUGAACCACCCACCAAUGAACCACCCACAAAUGAACCACCCACCAAUGAACCACCCACCAAUAAACCACCCACCGUUCGGCCACCCACUAUCCGCCCGCCCUCGCCCAAUCCCAACAACUGCUAUCGACGGUACUGCCGCAAGUGGCGCACUCGCCCCAGCUACCUUUGCUACAAGAACUGUGGCGGACCCCUCACCUACAAGCCCUAGGUUGCAACACCAUGAGUACCACUUGUUAUUUGUGGCACUGCCAGCCACCGUGCCACUGGGCAUCUACUUGGUUUGUCUACUCUCUAAGAAAAACGUUGU